UGCGCGCUUCUUCCCCAUGUGUACUUGGGCCGUCAGCCGACCCAGCUGAGCAGAGGAGGCACUAAACCCUCUCGGCGAUAAUACCUUGUCACUAGCUGGGCAGCCUCUACCGCCUGCCGUUGCCCUCCUCUCUGUCCACACAGCGCACGUCGCCAUGGGCAAGAGCCGGACGAAGCGUUUCAAGCGACCUCAGUUCUCCCCUACCGGCAACUGUCAGACUGAGGCGGCUGCAGCAGCGAAUGGGACUGGAGGCGAGGAGGACGACGGGCCGGCGGCAGAGCUGCUAGAAAAGCUCCAGCACCCGAGCGCCGAGGUCCGCGAGUGCGCCUGCGCGGGGCUGGCCCGGCUGGUGCAGCAGCGGCCCGUGCUCCCGGGCCUGGCUCGUCGCGACGCCGUUCGCCGGCUCGGGCCGCUGCUGCUCGAUCCCAGCCUGGCCGUCAGGGAGACGGCGGCCGGCGCGCUCAGAAAUCUCAGUGCUUGUGGAGGUUUUGAAGUUUGCGAUGACAUGGUGACUAAGGAUAUCAUGACUCCUCUGGUCGCACUGCUAAAAGAGUGUAGUGCUGGACUGGAUUCAAAUGAGAUGUCUCCACAGGAGAAAAAAGAUCAGAACAGAAAUUCUGUUGAGAACAUAGUCAAUGAGGCUGUGAACGUGCUGUGGAAUAUAUGUGAAUGCAGUAGUAGAGCAGUAUCUAUAUUCAACAAAGAAGGGUGUUUGGAGAUUGUAUUAAAGUAUUUAAGUAGGUUUUCCACCAAUGUUGACCUGGCUAUUUCAGUAGCAUAUUGUUUGCAGACGGUGACAGAAGAUAACCCAGAGCUACUGAAAUCUUUCAGUGUCACAGCAUUGCAUGUGCUGGAAUCAGCAAUGCUUUCUCCUGUCAGUUCCAUGGAAUACAUUCUACUGAAGACAUUGGUGGCAGGUACAAUUUGGAAUCUAAAGGACAUUAUUCCAUCCAAGAGUCAGGCAGAAAUCAUAAAUGCCAUAUUAAAGAUCUUAUCUGAAGUUUUGGAUAUGGAUGCUGGUGAAACGGUUAUUCAAAUGAAGGAGGCUGAAACUCAAAAGUUAAAAACUGCUGCAGAGAUGGAGGAUGUAUUAGAGAAUGCUAACGGUGAUGAUUUGAUUGAAGAUGAUGAAAUGGAAGAAAUUCCUCGUAAAAGAAAAGUCAGAAGAAAAACUUUCAUUUCCGAUUUACUACCACCCACUGACAAGGAACUGAGAGAGACCAAAGCAUUGCUGACAGCUCAGCAGACUGCUCUGGAAAUAAUUGUCAACAUGUGCUGUAAUGAAGAUCCCUCUGAUGAUGAAUGGGAAGAGCUGUCUAGCAGUGAUGAAAGCGAUGCGUUUAUGGAGAAUUCCUUCAGUGAGUGUGGCGGCCAGCUGCUGUCUCCCCUCUGCCUCUCCCAUGAGAUUCACACUGCUCUCACCAACUACCUCAUCCCAAAGAAGAUUUUUGAGAAAACUGCCUUUCCAAACAACAUUGCAGUUGACAUAUGUUCUAAGAACCCUACUUGGAAACCUUUGAUUAGAAAAAUGAACACUAUACAAUGUAGAGCCCUUGUGUGUCUCCAGAGUCUUGUGUCCCUCCUGGACAUGGACCAUCUGGGAGGAGCUCCAGCCCUUCAAGAACUUGCACAACAUCUGUCACAACUUCUUUUUUCUCAGCAAGAUUUUGCUAAACAUGCAGACUUUCUAGAAGCCAUGAGUAGUGCCUUGAGGGCCCUUUUGCAAACAAUGGCCUCCAAGAACAUUUCUCAGUGCAUGACUCCUGAUCAGCUGAUGACAUUAUGCAAAGCAGGCAUUCAUAGUAGUAAUGUCGGGGUUAGAGUGAAUGUUGUCAGUAUUUUAGGAAUCACUGGCAGUGUCCUAGCCAAAGAAGAUGGUACACUUGAAAUUCUUAAGACCAUUGGGUGCUUUCUACUUGAGGUGGCCACCAAAGAUCCUUCUCUUGUAGUAGCAGGAGAAGCUUUGGAUGCCCUCUUCGAUGUUUUUGCAGAUGGUACAGAAGCUGAAAGAGCCUCAAUUCAGAUUAAAUUGUUAUCUGCUCUGAAGGAAUUCCAGCCAGUCUUCAAAAUGAAGAUACGAAAAGAAGGGAGAGGUAAAUACAGUCCAGAUCAGCUGUGUGUUCUUGACAAUGUGAAGAUGAAUUUGAGAAGGUUUGUUACUUAUCAAGAAACUGUUGAGAAAAGACUGACUUCUUGAACCAUCAAAAGAGAGACCAAUUCUUCCCCAAAGUAUUUGAUGCUAAGAAUACUGAAGGGUUUCCUUUGAGUGUAUAUGAAAGUAAUUUUUUAAUGCUUAUAUUAUAUACCUUAAUUUUAAGUUCAUAAAAACUUCAAAACCUGUUAGAAAAUCUUCUUUAAGCCUUGGGAUCUGUGUGGCAUUUCUAGUGCUCUUUAAAUCAUGUCUCCAGCAGUAUUUACUCACUGGAAACACAUAGAGCGGAAGAGUGGAAACACAGGAAUCUCAGGUGGUUCUUAACUAAUUUGUCAAUAGUGACAAAACUUCAAACAAUCAUGUUUCCCUUGAAUUUUGCAGAAAAGGAAAAUCCAGAGCACUGUUUUGGAUGUUCUUUUAAGUCAGUAUCAUUUUAUCAUUUUAUAUUAGCUGAAUCUAUAACUAAUAUGAAUAUGAAGAUAGGCUUUAUAAAAUAAUUUUUUUCGCAUGAAGUGUACCAUUAUGUUUACCUUUUAUAAAGAAAUGAAUGAGUUGAAUUUGUGCUUUACUACUUAGCAGAUCAUACUAAUGAGUUAAUUAGGUAAUUGCCAUUCUCUCUUUGGGCAGGUCUGAUCAGUUAUUGCUUUGUAACAUCAUCCCUUUAUUUAAUUCGAUAUGGAAUCAAAAUUAGGAGAAAAUAUUUUUGAAUAAAUAAUUUUUUAAUUGAAA